AUGACAACUUUUCUGGGAUUUUAUACUCCGCUUAUGACUGACUGUAGCUCUGACUCCACCACUGCUUCCACAGAAUUGGUCUCAUAUAUUGACCACACAUUGGAUCAGACAUUAGUAUUUCCACAAAAAGACAAAAGCCGUCCAAAAACGUCUUUCCUGUUCAGCGCCUUCUCCGUCCACUCCGACUCCGACUCCCUCUCCGACCACCACUUCCACAGUAUACAAUUGGAUGACUUGAGGCAUGACAUCGACCGAUCCAAACACGACAACCAGACGUGUCAUAACUGUGUCUCUGCUCUAAACGCUGCGAAACUAAUCAUAAAAACUCCUGAUUUGCUGAAAUCUGCGGCCAAAACAAUAUGUAAGACUAGUGACGAAGUGGACCGGGUAUGUGUGGGCACACUGAAUGUGAUGGCAGAUCCCAUCGUAUAUAUCCUACAAAAUUCAAAGAUAACUGUCCCCGAAAUGUGUGCCAUUCUGUUAGAACCCGAUUGUAUGGCACACUUAGGAAAGGCUAUUACUCCUCAAGUGAACUGGGUGCUAGAUCUACCGAAACACAAACCUUUUAAUCCUGUGUCGGGAAGUGGUAGAGAACAGAAGAUGUUGCACUUAACUGACGUCCAUUUGGACCUGUAUUACACUCCGGGAUCCAACUCGAUGUGCGACGAACCGAUGUGUUGUCGGUCCACAUCUUACGGCCACAACCACUCUGCGGGCUAUUGGUCUGAACCGGCAAAGGAUUGCGACACUCCUCGUAAUUUCAUCGACGAAUCCAUUAAACAUAUGGCCGAAAGUCAUAAGGAUAUCGAUUUAGUGAUCUGGACGGGAGAUAAUGCACCCCAUGAUAGCUGGAAUAGCUCUCAACAGGAGAACUUAGACCACAACAAAGCGAUGGCUGAUUUGGUUAAGAAGUCAUUUGACAACAAAAAUAUAUUCCCCUGUAUUGGCAAUCACGAGCCCCACCCCUUCAAUAUGUAUGUUCCCGAAGAAGUGUCCAUCAAAACAGACAAAUACUUAUCGCUGAGUUGGCUGUACGACACACUGGCAGAUGACUAUUGGUCGCAAUGGAUAAACACACCGACGGCUAAGAAAACAUUUAAAAAGGGUGGCUAUUAUUCAAAGCAAGUUACCGAUGGACUCAAGAUUGUUGUCUUGAAUAAUAAUGUCUGCAUUUCUCGCAACUAUUGGUUGGCCUACGAUCCCGUCGAUCCGGACGGUCAGCUCAAGUGGUUUAUAGAUGAGUUGGACAGCGCAGAGACCAAUGGAUUAUAUGUUAUGAUUAUAACUCACAUGCCUUUAAUGUAUUGCUACAUGUCCUGGGCCAAUAACUAUAUUAGAAUAAUGGAAAGGUAUGAUCAUAUAAUUGUUGGCACAUAUCUGGGUCAUACACACAGCGAUGAGAUCGAGUAUUGCCUCUAUAUAAUUGUUGGCACAUAUCUGGGUCAUACACACAGCGAUGAGAUCGAGGUCUUAUACAACAAGAACACCACAACCAAUGAGACAUAUCCCAUAUCUCAUGCUUAUAUCGGAUCAAGUAUUGCCUCAUUUUCUUAUCUCAAUCCCGGGUAUAAAGUGUUCACUUUGGAUAGCACUGGACGGCCAUUAGAUUUUGAUAUCUAUUACACGAAUAUGACUGCAGACAACAUCGCCGGUAAAGAUGUGAUUCCCAAAUGGAGUUCUGAUAAAUCACUCAAAAGUAUCUAUGGUUUGGAUUCUUUAUCAACUGAUUCGUGGCAUAAAUUCUUAGAGAAUAUUCAGACGGACGAUAAACUUCUGAAGCUAUAUAUGGAUCAUUUGCACCGAUAUAGCUAUGAUUAUGAGAAGUAUUAUCUGAGAAGUCUGGGAAUAACUGAUACUAAA